AUCAGUCGCGUUCGAGUCGUGCGAGGAACUUGUACCAGCUCGAUCCUCAGCUUUCCGACUGACGUAUCGCACUUACGAGACGCACAAAAUUUGACUUCGACGAGGACACAUCCGCUUCGGUGUGUACAGGGUGCCGCGUCGUUUAGGCGCGCAAAUAAUUUCGUGUGCCUCAAAAAAAAAGUUUUUUUUUACCCGCCGGCCUUCGACGGCUCGUAGUUCUUGCGCUAUCGAUUGGAAAUAAAGGAAUAAAAUAUGAUAAGCCAGUAACUGCAAACAUGCCGCAUUAUGGGAGUUACGCUUCAACUGAUCUUAGGUGUCCUCCUAACCCUAUCGCAAUGUAGCACAUCGAAGACCCUCAGACCCGUACGCGAGGCGCCUCCAACGGUCCCCCCGCAGCCGUCCGCGUCACCACAAAAUGUUACCGAAAUAAACAACCGCGAUCUCAACAAGAUCGUCAAAGAUCAACCAAAGACUGAACUAACAGACCCUAAAAAUGCCGUAAAUAGAUUACACAUUCCACUAGAACUUCACCAAAAGACCCAGGACUCCACCACGACGCACAAGAAUGACUACGUUACUCGAAAAAAGGAAACCGAGAAGAGGGAAGGCAGCGGCAGAUCGAUAGACGUCGAUUCCGCGAAAUUUUGGUCCCCGGAAUUCCACAACAAAAACAACUUUUUCACGUUAUCCUCGUCUACUGACGGGGACAAACUGGACGCACGUCAUAAUCAUCCCACCACCUACAGCUACGACGUUCACACCGAGCUAACCACUCCAACGACUACGCUGUUCGACCAAAAGUACAAGGAAACCGUCGAGAGUGUCGACCAACAUAUAGACGAGUUCGAGCCUGAGGAAGAUGACGAAUCCGAAUUCGUGGAGGAAAAUCGCAUAAAGGAUCGGCGGAACGGCACUCUGGAGUUCACCAAGACCAAGACUAUAGUUAGCAACGAAACAGCCGAUAAAAACUCCGUGCACAAAAACGUGAAUGUCGAGGAAUCGAGUAACGUCAGCUUCGAAUCGAUUUUCAAUGACACCAAGGUCUACGACGAGGUCUCUGAGUCGAGCACUACCUUAAAAGUUCUGCCCGCGACCACCACAACCACCAUAACCGAGAAAAACAACAGUCACCUUUUAAAUAACAAGAUCGAAACUGACGUCAAACACGAAGUUAACCUCCAUGUGAGUACCACGCCGAUAGUGACGUCAAGCUUACCGCAAGGAGAACUCGCAACGAGCACCGACAUGGCCAAAACCAAGCUCUCGGAACCCAUAGAAAGCAAUCAGGUCAUCCCCUUGCAACUGGCGGACAAUACCAACGAAAAAAGGAGUACGACUUUAUCCGUGCAGAUCGCCCAGCCCACGACUCUUGCUGAGAAAGUACCUGAAAACUCCACAGAGAGUGUGGAUCCGACCACGACCGAAACAGUCGUCAGCACCACAGAGACAACAACCGAAAUAGGCACUACCACAUCGAUCGAAACAACCACCGAUGUCCUAGUAACUGAUUACAGUACUCCGAUAGAUGGAUUAACAUCAAGUACUGUGGCAAUUAUUACUAGCACGGAGGAACUUGAUGAUGUAAGCACCACCGAAAUUGAUAUCCGUACUUCUAAGGCGCUGAAAGUAACCACGACCACGGAAUUAACCACAGACGCUGGCGUCAUAAGCACCGAAGCUACAUCAGAGUGGCCGUUAACUACCACAACGUCCGUCGAUACGGAGCUCACCACAAUCCCUGCAGUAACUUCCGGCAACGAGCAGGAGUUUACUUUCGUUCAUAUCAAGACCGUGGACAGCAACCAUACCACUUUAGUGCCCGACGUUUUGACCGCUGACCUCAAUUAUUCGACACCAAACGUCGUGAGCGAACCUGUGGAAGUCCGUAGAGCAAAUUUGAGCAUCCCGGCGCCGGCCAGCGACGCACCACCCACAACGGAAGAAGAGGAAGAAACGGAACCUCCUACGGAGAACCCGCUGAUCAACGAUGAAGGAAAGAGCAAGGGGACCAUUGCGGCUAUAGUUAUAUCUAGUGUUGGAGCGGUCUGCCUGAUUCUUUUGGCCGGACUGUUGUAUGUGAUGAAGAAACGGCAGAAGCGGUUCAACUACGGACCGAGAUGUACCCCAGUGAGUUUGGACGAGUACAGUAUAGACAACCUCUCGGUUUACAACAGCGUCAGACGCAAGGGAGCGGAUAGAAUGUCGAAGAGGUCAUUCGGCAAUCCUGCCUUUGACGAUCCGGUGGUUUCGCAUCCCCUAAAUUUCCCCGCUCUGGCGAAAUUCGCUAGUAAUUUUGAAGACAUCAAAGCGGAGUUCGAAGAUAUACCGCAAAUCACCGCCCGAACGUCGGAGCUGCCUGAAGGUUGCGACUCGAAGAAUAGAUACGCCAAUGUGAUUCCCUUACCAGAGACCAGAGUGAAUCUGAAAUUUAUCGAUGGGUACCCGAACAGCGAUUAUAUCAACGCCAAUUAUGUGACGGGACCUAAAAAUAUCAGGGGGUACUACAUAGCAACUCAGGGGCCUAUGCAGAAUACCGUGGACGAUUUUUGGAGGAUGGUAUGGGAGCAGCAGGUCAAAGUCGUUUUAAUGCUGACGCACUUGGUGGAGAACGGACUCGAAAAAUGCGUAGACUAUCUUCCGGAAUCCGAGGUGGUGGAUAACCACAGACUAUUUGGAGAUUUCCAGAUAACACUUAAGAAACGCGAAGUCAAGGACAAGUAUAUAAUUUCCAGUUUGCAGCUCAAGAACAUGGUUUCCAAUAGCUGGAGAGAAGUGACUCACUUCUGGUACUUGGGCUGGCCCGAAAAAGGGGUUCCGGCAGAAGCAAAUUCGCUGAUAGCUUUCCUCAUCGAGGCUAGGAGUUAUAUGAAGACGGCCACUUUGGAUCGGAAAAACGACGGGAACGGCAACAUUGCAAACAACGACGGUGCGCCAAAUGACCACAGCCCCGUGGUGGUCCAUUGUAGUCCCGGUACUGGCAGAACUGGCGUCGCCAUGGCUUGCGACAUAGCCAUCAGGGAAUUCGAGACAACGCGACUAGUGGACAUUCCCAAGAUAGUCUACAGGAUCAGGAGGGAUAGGGCCAACGCCAUCCAGACGAAAGAGCAGUACCAGUUCAUUUAUAAGGUGGUGAGCCUGUACGCGACCAAACUGACAGGCGGGGUCUUCGAUAAUAAUUUUUGAAACGUGUGCGAAAUUUGUGAUACGUGGACGUUUGCGUGAACGUAGUGAUUAGUCCGUAGCCAUUUAAUAGUGUGCAAUAAUGUCUAGUAGAUGUAAAUAAAACAAGAGUUUUUUUUUUAAUUGAACGUUUGCUCUCUGAGUGUGAAAUAUAUAUUUUUAAAA